AUGGUUCACUGUUGUAAACAGUCUUAUACCGAAUAUCUUCAGGAUUCCCAGAUAAAAAACCUAAGAUUAUACAAGUAUGCAGCUGUAGAUAAAUCACCCAUCACCAAAUACAUAUUACGACCUUAUUGGGACUUUGCUAUUACUUUAUUUCCUCGUUGGAUAGCACCUAAUCUGAUCACACUUAUUGGAUUGUUUUUCAUGGUCUUUAAUGUCAUCCUUGCUUAUAUCUUUGUACCUGACCUUGGCACAGAAGGUCCUAGUUGGGUAUAUUUCAGUUUUGCUUUAGGACUUUGGCUUUAUUCCACCUUUGAUAAUGUCGAUGGUCGUCAAGCUCGUCGUACCAACACAUCUUCGCCCUUGGGAGAAUUGUUUGAUCAUGGAUGUGAUGCCAUCAACUGCACCUACGUUUCUCUUUUACAAUCUGCCGCGCUUGGCUUGGGUCAUUCUGUACCAGCAGCUCUACUGUUGUACUUUACUAUUGCUGGAUUUUAUUUAUCAACUGCGGAGGAAUACUAUACGGGCGUGUUAUAUUUGGGUUAUGUGAAUGGACCAACGGAAGGGAUUAUUGUUUCUUGCCUUGCCUUCAUCUGGUCUGGAUUAUAUGGUCCAGCCUCAUGGCAUACACCAGUAUCCGAAAUUUCAUGUCUUUCGUGGACCAGUGCUUUCUUAGCCUCUGAAACAAGCUUUGCAGAUGUGUUUGUGUAUGGCUUGAUAUUCUUCUUUGUUAUAACACAAUUACCGGUUAGUGUGAUUGCUAUUAUCAGAGCCAGUCGUAAGAAAGGAAUGAACCCCGGCCGAGAAUUGAUUCGAGUGUUUGGACCCUUCAUUUUAUGCACAGGCAUUGUCUAUCUAUGGUUGACAUCACAAGGCACAAGGAUCUUUGCCGAUCAACAUUUUAUCUUGUUUAGUAUAUUUGUAGGAUUCCUAUUUGGAGAGAUGGCAUCUGAUAUCAUCCUUGCUCAUUUGACGAAAUCAGCUUUUCCCAAGUUUAAAAGCAUAUUUUAUAGUCUGAGCAUAGGAUUGGUAUUUAGUUUUCUUGGUUACCUCAACAUUGACUAUCCUGAAUAUCAACUACUUGUUGUUCUCUCCAUCUUUACUAUCCUGAGAUAUCUGAUAAGAGCUAAAGCAGUGAUAGAUGCCUUUUGUGACUUUUUGGGUAUUCAAUGCUUUACCAUUCCACCAUCCAAAUAUGUAGAAAAUAUAUUACCAACCCAUGUAGGUUCAGAUGAUGAACAAGAAGUAGAGGCUUUAUUAGUCAAUGAACAAUCGAUACCACAAGAACAAGAAUAUCGUACUUUUUAG